AUGCCCCGUGGACAAAAGAGUAAGCUUCGUGCUCGUGAGAAGCGCCGCCAAGCCCGAGAUGAGACCCAGGGUCUCAAGGAUGCUCAGGCAGCUGAGGAAGGAGAGGCCCCCUCCUGUUCCUCUCUUGUUUAUGGUGAUGCUAUUCCCAGCACCUCAGCUGUUGGCUUUCCCCAGAAGUCUCAGGGAUCUCCACCCACCACCACUGCGGCUGCAGGUGUUUCACACAAGAAGUCUGGUAAAGGUGCCAAGAGCCGAGGGGAAGCAAGUGCCAGUACCUCUAAGAUCCCACCCUCCCCUGAGAGCACCCAGAGAGAUCUUCUCACCAGGAAGGCAGGGAUGCUGAUGCAGUACCUGCUGUACAAGUAUAAAAUGAAAGAGCCCAUUACAAAGGGAGAGAUGCUGAAGAUUGUCAACAAAAGGUUCAAGGAGCAUUUCCCAGAGAUCCUCAAGAAAGCCUCUGAGCGCAUGGAGCUGGUCUUUGGCCUUGAGCUGAAGGAAGUCAAGCCUGGUGGUAACUCCUAUACCCUUGUCAACAAGCUAGAUGUCACCAACGAUGAGAGUCUGAGUGGUAGCUGCGGCUUUCCUAAAACCGGGCUUCUGAUACCUCUCUUGGGUGUGAUCUUCUUAAAUGGCAACUGUGCUUCUGAGGAAGAGGUCUGGGAAUUUCUGAAUGUGUUAGGAGUCCACGAUGGGAGCACACACUUCAUCUUUGGGGAUCCCAGGAAGCUUAUCACCCAAGAUUUGGUGCAGGAAAAGUAUCUGGAGUACCGGCAGGUGCCUGAUAGUGAUCCUCCACGCUUUGAAUUCCUGUGGGGUCCCAGAGCCCAUGCCGAAACUAGCAAGAUGAAAGUCCUGGAGUUUUUGGCCAAGGUCAAUGAUGCUGUCCCCAGUGCCUUUCCUUCCCAAUAUGAAGAAGCUUUAAGAGAUGAGGAAGAGAGAGCCCAAGCCACAGUUGGAGCCAGGAGUGGCACUAGUGCAAAAGCCAAUCCAAGUGCCAAGCCCAAGUCCAGCAUCCCUACACCCUAG